AUGAGAACAAAAUUAAUCAACACGUUUUCUUAUCUUCUACAAUUCUUAUUACUGUGGGAAUUGGUCAGCUAUACUCAAGCCUAUUGGAUUCGAGAUCUUUCCUAUUGCCCACGUAAACGUGAAGUAACUCGACAACGACAAUGUUUUAAAUCAUGUUUUGAUGAUAGCGAUUGUCAAAGUCGAUAUCGUUCAUGUGUAUGUGAUUAUGAUUGCGGCAUGUCAUGUGUCAAACGAGGUAUCACUUGUCCUUUUUUAACGGCUCCCGAUCAUGGAAAUAUAAUAUAUUCAAACGGAAAUCGAUUUGGCUCGCGUGCAUCUCAUGAAUGUGAAACCGGUUAUGUUCUUGAAGGCCCGAAAUAUCGAUAUUGUCAAGGCGAUAUGUGGUGGGGUCCGACCAAUUCAAUACCCUAUUGUGCGAAAGAAGUCUUUUGUAAUCAACCACCGGAGAUAAUCAAUGCAGUUAAUGAUGUUCCGAGUACGAUAACAACAUUUCAUGCUGGUUAUUCGGUGAAAUACACGUGUUUAACGGGUUAUGUUGGGAAUGGUACAGCAACAUCAGAAUGUACGUUUUUAGGUCAAUGGACAUUUUCAACAUUAAAAUGCACUCCUAUUGAUUGUGGUUCACCGGGUAUAUUGCGUAAUGGAUUUUUAAGUGGUGAACGAUUUGAUUAUCCGAAUAUGAUCGCAUUUUUUUGUAAUGAUGGUUUUGAACUUGUUGGAAAAGACACAACGAGAGCUUGUCAAGAAAAUGGUUUAUGGUCUGGUGCAAUGCCAUUAUGUCAAAAAAAAGCCUGCGAAUCACCACCAAUAGUUUCUCAUGGUCAGAUAAUUCAACCGGAUCGAACUACGAAUGAAACGGUUCAAUAUAUUUGUGAAGAUGGAUAUCAAUUGCAAGGAUCAUCGAUUUUAAAAUGUAUAUCAUCUCAGUGGCAACCUGCAGCACCAAUGUGUGAACAAAUCACAUGUGAUGAUCCACAAACAAGUUUUAAUGGUUAUAUUGAAUCUUCGUCACAUGAUAAUUCGUCAGUAUACGCAAUUGAUUCGAUAGUCAAAUUCAAUUGCCCGUCAAGUUUAAUAUUACGUGGUUCACCUAUAUCCAAAUGUCAAUUUAAUCGCAGUUGGGCACCCAAGAUUCCCAAAUGCGAAGAACCAAUACCGUGUUUAAUUCCAACAUUACCUUCGAAUGCUUAUUAUCGAACGCUUCGUUCGGAUGUUCAACAAAUCGAUGAUGGUGCUCAAUUAGAAUAUAUGUGUGAAAAUUCUCGAUAUCGUCGUCGUAUAUUUUGUCGACAAGGAAAAAUUCUACCACGACAACCAAAAUGUUUCAGUGAUUGUCAAGUCGAAAGUAAAAAAGUCAUGUUUUCAAAAAAAAUCUAUCGUCAUAGAGAAAAAGUUUAUUAUACUUGUAAAAGUCAUAAUCUAUCAUUAAUAAACAAUGAAACAAUAGUUUGCAUCAAUGGAAGUCUUUCUCUACAACCUGUAUGUCCACAGAUCGAAACAAUGUGUACUGUGCCUCAUACACUUUUCCUACGCAAUAUCGCUAAUACGACAAUACCAUCCGGAACAUCAAUGGAAAUCGGUUCAUCAUUUUCAUAUACUUGUAUUCAAGAUCAUCAACCUAUUAAUCAGUCAGCAAGCGUUGAAUGUCUUGAAGAUGGAAAAUUAUCUCAUCAUGUAAAUUGUGUACCAAAAUCAUGUAAAGAACAUCCACCCAUGAUAACGAAUGGUCGAACAAUAUUUCAUUCAACAUCACACGGUUCUGCAGCGAGAUAUCGAUGUUUUCCAGGCUUUAAAUUUGAAAAUAAUAAUCUAGUAAAACUUACAUGUCAAUUUGGUCUCUGGCUACCAAAGCAACUACCCAAAUGUUUGCCGAUAUUUUGUCCCAAUCCUGGCCCACUGAUCUACGGUCGCACAUAUGUUGUAAUUAGAGAUGAGCGUGUAUCCACUUUGCCGAUUCGAAGUGAAUUUCGUUCUUAUAUACCAACUGUAAGUCAUGGCCGAACCAUUGAAUUUGAAUGCAAUUCAGGAUAUGUUCUUCAAGGACCAAAUGGAUUAACAUGUAAUCAUGGCCGAUGGAUGCCUGCUGAAAGACCACGCUGUGUUAUUAAAAAUCAUGUACAACCAAAUAUUAUCUUUACGGGAUAA